AAGAGCGCACACGUUUCAUUCAACAGGCUAAGAAAGUAAGUUAUUUAUAACCCGCAGCGUCUUCAGGUUGCGCUCCUUGAGUGCGCACCGAGAAGAAUCCAAAGCAUCCUCCUAGUCCGGACUCUUGCAUCUGAAGGACAAAAAAAAAAGCCGCUGCACAGGAGCGCUGAUGCGCUUGCCGUAGUAUCGCCGCAACAGAGGUUUGGUGGCCAGGCUGUCACCCGGGGGUCGACACGGAUGGCUCGCGAAUAGGCAACUUUCUGUUUCGGAUCAAGCUAUUAUCUCCUCGUUUCUUCAUCCUGCUGUGACGCGGGAGGCUGCUUGUGAGCAUGGAAGCAAGCCUGUCUUCUGACCAGAGCUGCAAGCUGUAAAGUCCUCCCAGAGAAAAGCUGUGACUGUCAGAGAGAUGGCUAACAUCCUGGAGCUGCGUACAGACGGCAAUUCGCUCCUGAAGGCGGUGUGGCUCAGACGCUUGAGGCUCACCAGACUCCUCCUGGAGGGCGGCGCGUACAUCAACGAGAGCAAUGAACGUGGCGAGACGCCUCUCAUGGUGGCCUGCAUGUCAACGCACAGUGACCAGCAGAGCGUCAGCAAGUCCAAGCUGGUCAAAUAUUUACUGGACAACCAAGCGGACCCCAACAUACAGGACAAAGGUGGGCGUACCGCCCUGAUGCACGCCUGCAUCCACGAGGCGGGACACGAGGUCGUGGACAUCCUACUGAGCAAUGGGGCCGAUCCCAGCCUGGAAGACAGAGGCGGGGCCUCCGCGCUGGUUUACGCCAUCAACGCAGAUGAAAAGCAAACGCUAAAGCUGCUCUUGGAUGCUUGCAAAGCCAAAGGCAAAGAGGUGAUCAUAAUCACAACCGAUAAGUCGCCAUCUGGCACCAAAACAACCAAACAGUACCUAAACGUUCCUCCGUCCCCAGAGCUGGUUGAGAAGUCGUCCCCUGCCUACUGCGCCUCACCUUCUGAUAUCGACGUCUCUGCGUCUCCCACAAUUGAGCAAGAGCAGCAAAACACCGUCUUUAGCUUCCAGACAAAGCUGAAAACGUCCUGCUCUGCCAACAAACUGGCCAAUGGGCCCACGUCGCCCACGCGGCGGGCCAUCAGCCACAAGCGCGCGCGUUUACCUCAGCUGAAACGCCUGCAGUCGGAGCCGUGGGGGCUGAUCGCACCUUCGGUGCUGGCCGAACGGGCGAACAGCCACGACGAAAGCAAGAAGGCCAGCUCGGACGAGGACGUGGUGGCGGGUGUGAACGGUCUGACUCUGAGCAAGAGAGCCGCUUUGUCUCGGCAGAACAGCGUGGACGGCAAAGAAAGCUCAUUCCCACUGGUGGGCGAGCAAGGCUGCAAAAUGACAACCUCUCUGUCAGUUCCCCCGACCUCUAAAGCUGCGUACGAGAGAUCUCUAAACCAACACCAACCCUUGGCACGACGCAGCACCAUACCUACCGAACAGGAGGGCGGUGGCGCUGGGCGCCCUGGUCUCAGAGACAACGUGCACAAGAGACGACUUGGGAACGACCACUACGACUCCGACUCCCAGCUCUACUCUGACUCCGUCAUGCUGGACUCUCCAAAGGUGCCAGUGGAGCGCAGAAAACUGAACACUUCCCCUCUGGCCUUGCUGACCAGCUCCAGAGAGUCUCUAGACAGCAACGCCAGCACAUCCUCACCUAGCACUGUUCGCAGGCGUCCACCGGGCCUCUUGGAGAGGAGAGGCUCUGGCACCCUGCUUCUAGAUCACAUCUCCCACACCAGGCCUGGCCACUUGCCACCGCUCAACGUCAACCCCAACCCUCCCAUCCCUGACAUUGGCACCAGUAGCAAGCCAUCCUCGCCUUUGGCCAGUGGUAUUCGAUCCUUAGCACCAGUAGCACCAAACACACCAAAGAGAGGCGGGUUAAAGUGCAAGAAGAAACUUGUGAGAAGGCACUCUAUGCAAGUGGAGCAGAUGAAGCAACUGUCUGACUUUGAGGAGCUGGCUCAUCAGUGACUAAGGGUGUUUAUGCAGUGUUUUUAGUGUCAACCGCCUACAUUAUCGGCGAAUACAUCCAUGAGUUCAGUGUACACUCAUAGGCGUGUAGAUAUUGAAUAACGAACUGGAAAACUAUGGGGCGCCGUUUGUAAAGCAGCUCAUGCUGAAAAUUACAUUUUCUCACAUUUAGCGCCACACAGUGUUUAAAAUGUGAUGUAAAAAAUAUAGAGUCACUUUUUUUUUUUGCACAUUUACAACAUUAUUUAGCAACUUCAAUAUUUGUUAUUAAAUAAUAAGUAUUGGACCUUAAUGUUUAA